AUGUCGAUUAACUGUUCGAACAAUGGUCAACUGAUAUUCAAUGUGACUUUAAAUCAAUCUUAUUGUCAAUGUAAUCCAUGUUAUCAAGGUUUGAAUUGUUCAGAAUUAAUUCCAAGAAAACAACAAGUGCAAUUCAAUUUAAAGCGUGAUAACUUCAUCAUUUCUUUAAUUCUUACAUUAUUAACAUUAUUGAACAAUCAUCUGACCGUAGAACUAUGUAUACGUAGCAAACGGAUACGUUCUACGAAUAUUGGUAUUUAUCUAAUUAUUUAUUCACUUGUUUCUAUAAUUGGUCGAAUAUUACUUUUCAUUAGUGAUUCAAUACAAUAUAUGAAAUCGAUUGAUUUACAUGAGAAUAUCGAACUUGAUGAAACACUCCAGUGCUUUUUAGAGAAGCUAGGCAAACAUGUGGCAACCUUUAUUUGUGUAUGGAUAGGUGCACUUAUUGCUUUUGAACGUGCAUUAAUUAUCUGUUCGACAGUAAGAAUGAAUGCUAGUCGGUGGAGAUCAAUGAAAGUCUUAUUGAUCAGUUUGUGUUUCAUCGCUCCAACUUGUAUUUUAAUGUUAAUUUAUCGAUGUCAAGAAGAUUCACCGCAUGGAACAUUAGAAUCUCGUUUAACAUCUGCCUUGAUAUAUACCGUUGAUUUUCUUGCAGGAGUUAUUUAUCUUGCAUCAACAAUCAUUGUUCUAAAGAACUUAGCUUCACGUAUAUCUCAUUUUACUUCUGUACAACAAUCAAGAAGAAACAUCUAUAGAAUAUUACUAAAAAGACAUUUUUUUAUAUUUCUUCCACCACUGAUCUAUAGUCUUUGCGUUCUACCGUAUCAAAUCUGGUAUCCAAUUAAUCGUUCCAAACAAACUUUUUUGUAUUGUGGAAUUUCAGCUACUGAGUAUCUUUUUAAGAUUUUAGUCUACCAAUUAACGCCAGUUCCAACUGCAAUUACCUGGUUAAUCUUUAUCUAUCCAUCAAAUGUAUAUAUGACUGAAUUUUAUCGAGAAACACGUUUAGGAAGACGUUUACAACAACGAUUACUAAUUCAUUAG